AUGGUGCUCCCAGCAGGGGAAUCAGCCCCAGCAGGGUGUGCAGUGGCCAUAGUGGAUAGAGCCCGUCCAUGCACGUGUGCUCGGGAAUCAGCCCCGGCAGGGUGUGCUAAGGCAAUAGUGGAUGAGAGUCUGUCAGUGCACGUGCUACUGAGGGGAAUGGUGGUGGUGCUCCCAGCAGAGGAAUCAGCCCCAGCAGGGUGUGCAGUGGCGAUAGUGGAUGAGAGUCUUUCAGUGCACGUGCUGCUGAGGGGGAUGGUGGAUGCCAAGGCGGAGGCACAGAAGCUGGGCAAGCGCAAGGGCGAAACAGCCAAUGCUGCUGAGAGGCAUGGUGGAUGCAAAGGCGGAGGCGCAGAAGCUGGGCAAGCGCAAGAACGAAACAGCCAAGGCCUGCCAGUGCUGCUGAGAGGCAUCGUGGACCUCAAGGCGGAGGCACAGAAGCUGGGCAAGCGCAAGGGCGAAACCGCCAAGCUGCAGGAGGCUCUGGCCAAGAAGAUGGGUGUGCCGGGGCUGCAGGAGGCUCUGGCCAAGAAGAUGGGUGUGCCGGGGCUGCAGGAGGCUCUGGCCAAGAAGAUGGGUGUGCCGGGGCUGCAGGAGGCUCUGGCCAAGAAGAUGGGUGUGCCGGGGCUGCAGGAGGCUCUGGCCAAGAAGAUGGGUGUGCUGGGGCUGCAAGAGGCUCUGGCCAAGAAGAUGGGUGUGCCGGGGUACGAGGAGAAGGUGCCAUCAAACGUGCGAGAGGAGAAUGCCAGCAAGGCUGCCAAGCUUGCGGCUGAGCUAGCGAGCAUUGACGAGGCGAAAAAGAACUUUGAGAAGCUGAUGCUUGAUGAAGCCUCUGCGUGA